UAUAUAAGCCAGUCUCAAACAAACCGAGUUCAGUUCACUGUACGAGCCGAGGACACAAUGAGGACACUGCUGACCUUCUCCUUCUCCUUGUUAUUCUGCUCAUUGGUGUGGAGUGGAUAUCUGGAAUAUGACCAAGAUGUCCUGAUACCAGAGGACUGGACUCAGGUUGGCCGGGUCGACCCCACGGAGGAGCUGGAGCUCACCUUUGCCCUGAAGCAGCAAAACGUUGACCUGCUGGAGAAAACACUCAAACUGGUUUCAGACCCUGACUCAGCACACUAUGGUAAACACCUCACCCUGGAGGAAGUCUCCUCCCUUGUGCGUCCAUCUGACCUGACCCAAAAGGUGGUGCGCCGUUGGCUGCAGAGUCAUGGGAUUACAAACUGCCUUACUGUUCACACUCAGGACUUUCUACAGUGCACCGUGACUGCAGAGGUUGCAGAGACACUGCUUGCAGGUAGCAAGUUCCACCGUUACACCAGAGAUGGCCAAACUUUAGUGAGGUCUUCAGCCCCAUACUCUGUUAAUGACGAUGUUCAUCAGCACCUGGACUUCGUUGGAGGGCUUCAUCGCCUCCCUCCUAAAGGGCAGGACCUCAUCAGAGGAAGCGCGCACAAAAGGUCUAAGGAACGACUGCACCUGGGAGUGACUCCGACUGUCUUAAGGACUCGCUACAACAUGACAGCGGCUGAUGUGGGGACAGCACAGAACAACAGCCAGGCUGUGGCUCAGUUCUUGGAGCAGUACUACAGCCCUGCAGACCUGUCUGAGUUCAUGCGCAUGUAUGGCCAAAGCUUCCAGCAUCAGUCUCAGGUGGACCGGGUUAUUGGCACUCAGGGAGCAGGGAAGGCUGGUCUGGAGGCCAGUCUGGAUAUCGAGUACAUCAUGAGCACAGGGGCAAACAUCUCCACUUGGUUCUUCACUAAUCCAGGUCGCCAUGAGUCCCAAGAGCCUUUCCUCCAGUGGAUGGUGCUGCUCAGCAACAUGUCUGAUCUGCCAUGGGUUCACACCAUCAGUUAUGGAGACGAUGAAGACAGCCUGUCCGCUGCUUACAUGAUGCGUAUCAAUGCAGAGUUUAUGAAGGCAGGCGUCCGAGGAAUCUCUCUGCUCUUUGCUUCUGGUGACAGUGGUGCAGGCUGCAAACAUUUGGGAGGGGGACAAAACUCCUUCAGGCCAAGUUUUCCUGCUUCAAGCCCUUAUGUGACCACAGUAGGAGGAACCUCAUUUAAGAACCCAUUUAAAGUCACAUAUGAAGUGACCGACUACAUCAGUGGAGGAGGCUUCAGCAACGUCUUCAAGAUGCCUGACUACCAGGCCAGUGCAGUGGAGGCAUAUCUGAAGACUGUAGCAGCAACACUCCCUCCUCAGUCGUACUAUAACGCCAGCGGCAGGGCCUACCCAGACUUGGCCGCCCUGUCUGAUAACUACUGGGUGGUCUCCAACAGAGUACCAAUCCCAUGGGUGUCCGGGACCUCGGCGUCCACCCCUGUGGUUGGAGGGAUGCUGUCGCUCAUCAAUGAUCAGCGGCUGCUAAAGGGUCUGCCUGCUCUGGGCUUCCUCAACCCUCGCCUCUACAAACUCAGAGGACAGGCUCUAUUUGAUGUGACUGAAGGCUGCCACCUGAGCUGUCUAGACGAAAAGGUUCAGGGCAACGGUUUCUGCGCUUCACCAUCGUGGGACCCUGUCACAGGUUGGGGCACACCAAACUACCCUGAACUGCUGGCUGCCCUGUUAGCUGAGUAAAAACUUGCAGGUCAAUACAGUUAAACCAUCAGUACAGGGUCUGCUCUCAGAGCAAGCACUACACAACACAUCAACAAACUCAUCACCCGAGGUCUGACACCAAAGGCACGGCAAUGAACCAGAGGGAGAACUAUGCCUACACUUCAGAUUCACGCUAAUACCAUUUUUGAAUAUUUUGUCCUCUCUCAUCAUCACAUCCUCUUAUCAAAGGACGCUUUCGCCUGACUUCUUUUAUCUGUUUUUCAUUUUAGUUUUGAAGGCUUCAAACUGUUUCCUUAAAUACUUGUGGGUCAGGGAUAGUGCUGCUUUGGGAUUUUUACAGCUAAACAGCAGCUGCAUGUUUCUGCUGUUCACUGCAUUUUAACUGACCCAGAUUUCUCAAACCUGCAGGCAGAUUGAUGUUAGCGGUAAUGUUCGCCUUAAAUUCAUUCCUCUUAAUACACAGCAAUGAAAAGUUUUGGGUAGACUGAAAUUUGCUUCACAUUAAGAAAGUGAACUCAAAAAGCUAUGCAUAAUGAACAUGAGCCUACUCAAAUACACACACAAUCGCCUCGUAGUAAACACAUAGUACUAUUUCAAUAUUCUUUUUAUAUGAAAACUGCCUAAUAAGUCGGAUUUCAAUGACAAAAACAUGAACCAACCAUAUGCAAGAAUUCACCAGAUCAAUGAGUACUGGUAAUAAGUAUGACUUUUAUGGCCAAAUGUGUCAUAGUGUCUUGUUUGCAAUAUUACUCUGCAGGGAUGAGCCAGGUACAAGAAAUCAUUAAUUGAAUUAAACAUAGCUGCAUGCCUUUCUAAAAAGUCACUGAUGUAUUUGUAAUAAAAGACAAACUGAGAGUGUUGUUUAGAUCAACAGGCCUUUUUCUUUUCUUGAAACUUGAUUUUACUUUGGUUUGUUGCUGUUUUUUCUGUGGCUAUGAACUAACCAAAUGCACUGAAAUAUGUGGGUUUAAAAGUGAUUCAGCAUUUCUACCUACUAGCAUUGUUGCACAUGUGUUCAUGUAAAUCCUCAAAUCAUGUGUAUGUAAAUUUGAGAGACUGUCCUUUUUUGUGAAUGUUAUUAUUAAAGCUGGUUUAGAAAUGUCUCCACAUUGCUGGAAAGUCGUCUGUUACAAAAACUGCAGCAGUAAAUGAUCUUUAAAGAUGGCCGCUGAGUGUAGAUGCAGAUAGGGCCAUUGGAGCUGGUACCCAACUUGUAACGCAAAGCUCGAUCAGAUGUUGUUGUUCUUGUGUGGGUUUUCUGAAGGCGCACUAAUCAUCCAAUGAUUAACAGAUGACUUUAAAUUCUGCUGAGCAUUUAGACAAACAGAAUUAAAACGACUACUACUACUCCAAACUGUCCAGCAGAUGUCUCCCUACGCCUGUGAUAUACAGCAUGUGACUAAUUAACCUCAUGAAGAAACAAUGACACAGUGAAAAGAAUUAAGCCAACCACAUGGCUCAACAAUAUAUCAACUACAUAUCUGAAACCUUUCCGAGGGAGACUUAAAGACAACACUGACUGAAAAUUAGUUCAGUUUGUCAUUUGAACCAGUCUGCAAAUAAAACUAUAAAGACCUUUUCAGAUAAAUGACGCAACAGCUUGAAUACAAACUACUUAUAGUAGUUAGAUGAAAACUACAGAACUUAAGAGAUUCAGAGCAGGGACAUUUACACAGCUGGACUUUAUUAAAGGCUGUUAGCUGAUUAUUCAGGGUUAUCUGAGUCAAUCGAGUGACGACUGAUCUGGAUGUUGUAUUAUUUAGGAAGUGGCCAAAUGAUAAAUGAGUGAAUUGUUCUGAUCAUGAAAAUUCAGCCAAAUGUUCUAUUUCUUGCUCCUUUAUCGUAACUGCUUCAUUCUAUCAUAUGAAAGUUUCCUCCUAAUGAGCAGGUUUUUAUUCCAACACACAUUUUGACACUCUGCUCUGUGUUUGUGGUGAUUCAAGUAAAACAGAAACAAAAAGUGUAGUGUUCAAAUUCUGUCAGCUAUAACGAUGUCUCUUUCAAGUUGCUUAUAUGAAGAAGUUAUAAGACUGUCAAUCAUGUAUAAACAGAAUGCAAAAAAAAUUAAAUGAACCAGAAUGAUUUAA